GUACAGUCUGAGAAAGUAAAAGUGAGCUUUCGAGAAGCGUAUUUUUUCCAGUCGUAGGCUUGACUUCAUUUCCCGUCUUGAAUCCUUACAAAGCCGCAGAAUGUCAAAUCAUGCGCCCUCGGGCGUGUCGUCGCAGUGUGGCAAAUGGGUUGAGGAGCGUUGCGCCGCCUUCAUCCAAGGCUACACGCGCGACCACGACCAAUUGACACAACAAAUGCAAAGCCUCGGGCCAAAAGAGACCCUGAAGACGAUGCAGCGUGUAACAAAAUUGGCCAAAUUUCGCGUUCCGCUCGAAGAGGAUCUGCAUAAUCACAUCGCGUGCCGUCGUGCUGCUGAGGAAGGCCGGUUUUCAUUCUCCAUCACUAAGGGAGGAGGCCAGUUGCAAGGUAUAAAUCAUCUUCGUAAAAAUUAUAUGUCUCUUCAUCAGUCGUUUUCACCUAUGGUUGUUUUCAUGUUGAUUGUAUGAGAGUAUACACGCAUUGGCGUACAAUAAAGUACCGACAUGAUGCAUAUCGAUCGAAAGCAUUGAAUACAAGAAGCGCAUUAAUUAUCGUUUUUAUCGUCUGUCAUGGAUUGGUACUAGUACUAGAACCACGUGUGACGUUGCUAUGACUACACGGGACUGCGACUGGGUCUUGUUCGUGAGCUGCAUUAUUAAUAAUAUUAAUAGACUUCAGUAGAGUUUUAGUUUGUAUGUUUGCCUUCAGGUAAAUUAGCGGGCUGCUGUCUUGUGUGGGUAACGUCGAGAAACAGUCAAGUCAGUCCAAAACUGGCACGGGAAGAAAGGCAGAGUAGCAAGACUGACGAGAACGAGACCACAAAUAGUGGCGCGCGGCCAGUCGUUCCUUCGAGGGUGCACAGACUCGAAGAGCUGAACACAGCUGAGAAGUACAACGCGCACGUACGACUACCAAGCAACCGGACUUCGUGGGUGGCCUUGAACAUGAGUCUGGCGGAAAACCAAACGCGAUACUUGAACGCGCGAAGGGCAGCUGGAAAAAAGCAACCGCCUGUGCUUCCGCUCGACUGCUUGAGAAAGAUCGGCGACUACCUUAAUCCGAUCGACGAUGUCCUGCUCAAUCCGGCCUAUCUCACGAAGAUCGCUGUGACGAAACGCGCGGAGCAUUUGGCUCCGGUUUUGCGCGGGACAUUUGCGAAGUGCGUCCAGGUUGCAACGUUGGCAGGUAAGUAGUGUGUCUGUGCGUGUGUGUCUGUGUGUGCUCGCUAUUCAUAACUAGAUGCUGCUGUGCAAUUCCAUUGCGUACUUAUGUGUAUUUAUUUUUUGCAUAUUCAGAGCCGACGGGUUGGUACAAUGAAUUCAUCGGCCGCUCGCGCGCGGAUGAUUACUGCCAACUUCGAUAGAAGUUGUUUGGUAGUCAUGUUGAUAUGCUCGUCCCAGUCCCUCCCACUCGCUUACACUUCGAACUUUUGAUUUUUUUCAGAGAUCUUUUGGAACAUGGACAUCAAAACCAGCGACUCCUCAAUGGGAAAAAGAUGUCCUCAUGCUCAUUUGCUGUACUUGUUAUCGUCAAGAAUGCAUCAAUUUGAUACAGGUGCCUCGCAGAUGCACGGAUCCGUUGACGUCGCCUUCCAUGAGCACGACAAGAAAAGGGUUAGCAAGAACUCUUUCCUCUCCUUUUCCCUGCUCAGUGUGUGCACUGCUGAGCAACUCCGGUGUAAGUAUGUCGCGAAGGACGAGCACCAGCGGGAAAUCGGGCCCUUGGUCGACAUGUUUCAGGUGCGUGUUACGGUCGGCGCGGAGGUCUUUGAGGCGGCCUUUCCCACGUGGGAGAGCCGAGGAAUGGCGAAGCUGUAUCAGUCGGCCCAGUGGAAGCGGUUGCUCCAGCAAGAGGAGAAGGCGGCAGUGGGAAAUGGAGCUGUCUACGCGCGCGCCACGGGACUCGAGGUGCAUCGACAAGCCGUCCUGGACAUCCUGCGCGAGUUUUAUGAAGACCACAAUGGAAUGCAGUUUCGCCAGGAGGUGCCCAAUAAAAUCUUGAGUUUUCAGAUUUCCUGGGAUUCGUAGGGCAACACCUGUAGUAGUUUGACUGUUUUUUGCCGUGGUUUCUAGUAUGCAACAUUUGGAAGAUCAAGAUUUUAUGAUUCUUCGGAUCAGUUGGUAGCUCGUCCUUUCAGCCGCCUCCGUUUGAACUAUUUUCCAGAUUUUUUGGUUUCCCUGCUUGUGACACUGUGUAUGAUUGAAUCGAUUCAAGUAUAUCACCUGAAGUGUUGUAGAGCAAAAAGAUAAACGGCAUGCCCACCUCGGUGUGUUUGCUGUUAAUACUAGGUAGAAGUAGUAAUUUUAUAUUGUUUUGAAGAUCAUUGCUCCGCUCCGAUUCGGAAUCCGAAUCACAAUCCGAUCGGAAAGUUGUACUUAAUUUGUAAAAUGUUCUAACCUAUUACUUCGUGCUGGUACUGGUAGCUUCAUCUUCCAGCAGGGGGUCCAGUCUUCUAUACAGGAGCAGAGAAACCCUGGUGGUUGUGGUUCCUCCAUCGUGUGGGCCGCAUUUCUAGCGGUACCGCAAGCGUAAGGCAACAGAAAUAACGAAUCUGAACUAGUAAGUGCAUGUGAUUGUGUGACUCAGUGUUUUGUGGGGUCUCGCCUGUCUCUCGGUGCCAGUGACAUCUACCUUAUCAGAGAACUUCACGAAUAUGCCGCCUUCAGAUGCCAAUUUUAUGGCAUUGACGUCGAUGACAGAUAAGUACUUAUUCCAAAAGCCAACAACUGUUGAUUGUCAGAUGAGGUUUCUCCAGAAUCAGAACUAAUUUGCUUGUUUGUUUAUGUUCUCCAACUUUACUAUAACUCGCCGGCACUGGCGUUUUCGCUUCGAUUUUCUACCAAAUGGAAAUCGCGUUUCAUUCUCUUUCUUUGCAGAUUUAUUAGAAAGCGGUCACUCUAAGUACGCCAAUGGCUAAAUUGGGUGAUACUUUUGAACUUCAUUUGACCUUCUUUGAGUUGAAAAUGAAAUUCAAAUUAUUUGAUAUCAGAAAGUAACAACAAUUUCGCACACAAAUAUGAAUGAAGGUCCCCUUCCGACGCGAUGCGUUCCCGAGAUCUGUUGCGUGAUCUACUGCAAAAUAGACCAGAAAACAAAUACAAAAUCUCAAAUAAAUAAUAGCGAGGGCGAUGUGUUG